AUGCUCAACAAUAAUCAGCAAUCUAUGGAUUUGAAUCAGCUCAUCCAAACUGUUCAACAACAACAGCAACAACUGGUCUCUCUCACCGAGCGAGUACAGCAACAUGACAAUCUCCUUGCUCGCCUGGACCUUUUGGAAAAGGAAAAUGGAGAAUUGAAAAAUCAGUUACAGGCCAAGGACCUUGCAAUUGAAAAAUUACAGGGCCAACUCUCAUCCCGCCGCACCAAUCAAGGUGCUCAAUCCAGCUCUCAGGUAACACCAACCCAAGAGCUUGUUACUAUUCACCAACCCGAUGCUACUCAAGGUAGCUACGCAUCUGCUGCCCGUAAAGGUGCCCAACAUCGUGACCCUGCCCGUACUACCAAACGACGUCUUGCUGCAGGUCGUAUGUUCCAAACCGCCACCACCAAAGGUCAACAAGGAUACCAGUAUGUGUAUCUAGGCCGCUCUGGUAAAAUCCUGCGCUCUGAGGUUCGUUACCAACUUCGCCGAGCUGGUAUUGAUACUGGCCGUGUGUUAGACAUCUGUUUCCCUGCCACUGGCGUCAUUGGCAUCUUGCUCCACAUCCAAUAUGUAGAGGAGUUUCUCGCCUGUAUGCGCAAAUGUGAAGCUGAUCACAUUGAAAACUUUCAACCCUUGGAUCCCAACAACAUUGCUGAUCCCAAAUAUGCUGAUCUUGCCAUUGAAGAGCGUGAGCAAUUGAUCUAUGAAUUCACCAACACCCGUGCUCUGCAAACCCUCUCUUUCCUUCGUCCACUCAACGUUAGUGGCGUUGGCAAAUACUUUGUCUCUGCUGGCUGGAUCUCUCAAGAAGAGCUAGAUAUAGCCGUCUCUGAAGCUAUCGGUCGUCUUGCCGAGAAGGAGCCCAAAAAGGCUAAAUUCUUGUUCAAGCCUACUAGUCAUACUCCCAAUAACAACCCAGUCCACUCCUUUCAAGUCUCUCUCUCCCUUUGGAAUGCCAAUGGUCUACGUCAAUCAACGGUACAUGAUGUUCUCCAUCAUGUUCAGAACACUCAUGUACUGCUUGUCACUGAAACCUGGCUAACCUCUGGUUCUUUCCCUACUAACUGGUCUCAAUUCCACCUCUAUGGCUCUAAAGUACCUGGUGCAUUUAACCGUGGUUCUGGUGGCAUUACUGCCUUUGUCUCUCCUUCCUGUCCUUUCUCUGUCUCUCAACUUCCGUCUUACAAUGCACACACUUUGUCCCUUAAGGUUGGCACCCUUACAGUUCAUUGUGUGUAUCUGCCUCCACCCUUAUCUUCGGAUAAGGUGCUCUCGCUUCUUCGCUCGUUACCCGUAACCAGUGAUACCAUCCUUUGUGGUGAUUUCAAUGCUCGCUUUGGAUCUCUACUGGGUGAUACUAAUGCUAAUCCUCGUGGUACCUCACUACUUCCAUGGCUGGAGGAGUCCUCUUUUUCCAUUCUCAAUGAGUCUUUAGCAUUUGGUACACCCACAUUCACAACUUUUCGACGUCAACAAGAGGUUCAUAGCAUCAUUGAUCUGUUUCUUACAAACAUUGGCGAGGCUGCUCUGUUACAUCCUCAACUGGUGGUUGAAUCUGAUCUGUCUCUUGGCUCUGAUCAUCGGCUGAUGGUACUUACUUUCGAGUAUGUGCCCCCUCCUGAUGAUACUCUUGGUUCUGGUAGCUCUGGUGGUUUGGCCCCUAGACGGCAAUGGAAGCUCUCGAAAUUGAGGAAAAAGCGGCCUUUGGGCUUGCUUCGUGAAUCCUUUCGAUCUUCUGUUGCUCCUUUGGUUGGUUCUCUCUCUGGUUUGGUGUCUGCUCCUCCUGGUGUUUGUCCAGAUAUUGAUGCACUCAACGAUUCUUUGAAUCAAUGUUUGUAUGAAUCUCUGGAUAGCUCAAUUGGUGUGAAAUCUGGUCGUCCUGGCCACUGGAAAAAGUACUGGACACAGGAAAUUGAGGAUGCUGCUCGUGAAAGAGAUACUAUGUAUAGUAGAUGGAGGUGGGCAAGUCGUUUUGCCAAAGUCGAAACAUGGAAUCUCUAUCAAGCUGCUCACAGGCGUUUUCGUUCUCUUGUACAAGCUGCUAAGCGUCGAUCGUGGAGUCAGUUUUGCUCUGAUUUGGAAAAGGAUUUUUCGAAAGCUACUGCCGCAAUCAAGCGCAUUAAAAGAAACAAGGAAUGCUCUGCAACGUACAGUCAUCCAGACGGUCCAACUGCCUCUGUCAACACAAUGGCGUCCCAUCUUGCCUCAGUCUAUGAUGGCUCCUUGUUGAAUAAUGCGUCUCGCCCUACUGCUCCCCAAGUGAACACCUCUGAUUUGCCUUACGCUGUGCCUACUGAUCUGUCUCUGUUUGAUGCUGAUAUACUUGUAUCUCUCAUUAAGCGUUUGCCAAAUGGGAAAGCUCCUGGCCCUGAUCAUCUGAAAGCUGAAAUGCUCAAGGCUUUAGCAUCUGACAUUGCACCCGUAUUGUCUCUGCUCUUUACACUCUGCUCUCAGUGGUCGUAUACACCAGCUCUAUGGCGACAUGCUCAAGUCUUUCCCAUUUACAAGAAAGGUGAUGUAUCUGAUCCUGCAAACUUUCGUCCAAUUUCGCUCACUUCGGUGAUGCGUAAAUUGUUCGAAUUCUCUCUGAUGCCUGCUCUCGAUGAGCAUUCACUGGCACUGGAUGUUGCUCAAGGUGGUUUUCGCCCACAGCGUAGUCCUCUGGAUCAAGCCCUCUGUUUACAUGACUUGAUGCACGACUACUUCCUCACCCACCAUCACUAUCCUGUGGUUGCUUUCCUGGACAUCAAAUCAGCGUAUGAUACGGUGGAUCGUCGAGUGAUUUGGGAUGCUCUCUCUCGUUCCUCUCUGCCUCGUUCAGUUCUCAGUUUGCUCAUCCACAUGUUCGAUGAUGUACUCGUGUCUGUGUUGAUUGCAAAUCACACCUCUGUUCCCUUUUCGCCUGCUACUGGCGUAUUACAGGGUUCAGUGCUCAGCCCUCACUUGUACUCUCUGUACAUCAACUCUCUGCCUGCUGUUCUUCGUUCUGCUGUCAGUCGCGGUACUAUGGUAUCACCACCUGGGAUGCCUAGUGUUUGCGUGAAUAGCCUGCUCUUUGCUGAUGAUGUGGCCAUAUUUGGCUCUCGUACUGAUGUGCAAACCAUGUUGGAUGUCGCUUCAGAUCACUCGUUCUCUCUUGGCUACAGAUGGAAACCAUCAAAAUGUGCUGUACUUUGUGCUCCUACUGCCUCUACUCGUCAUCCAUUGUCUCUAUACGGUGAACCUCUUCCUGUGGUAGAGGAAUUCACGUAUCUUGGUAUGCCGUUUAGAUAUAAAGGUCUGUAUGCCCCUGGGAUUCUCAAUCUGCGUGCUUCUGGUGCUAUCAAGACAAUGGCAUUGUUGAAUUCGGUUGGUGUCAAUCGAAAUGGUUUUUCUCUGUUGCUUUGUGCUCGUUUGUAUAAAAGCUUUAUUCGACCCAAGCUGGAAUACGGCUUAGCAAUAUCGCAUCUCUCUUUCCGUGACUUCAAGGCUCUUGAUGCUCUGCAAAAUCGAUUGGUUGGUAUGUUUGUUGGUAGUACAUGGUACAAUGUUGCCAAACAUUUGACCUGUAUUCCCAGCAUGAAGCAUCGAUAUAACGUUCUGGCAACACGUUAUGCUCUUCGUGCUGAUACUCUUCCUGAUGAUUGCUUGUUGGUUCUGCUUCGUCGUGGCUUACUGUACACUCGUCUAGACAGAUUUAUUUGUCAAAACCCGUUGUAUCUGACACUACCUGAUCCGCCGCCAUUCACCACUGCUGGUCUUACUGAAAUCUUUGAUUCGUAUUGGCAAGAUCAAGUGGAUCGUCAACUUGCUACCGCUGCUGCUACUGGUGCUCAGACUCUCCUUCGUGCUUGUCGUCCAUCUGUCUCUCGUCCAGAUCCCAUUCUCUAUCUGCCUAUUGGUCGAUCUGCUCGUAGUCGUCUUGUGCGGUGGCGUCUUGGACGUUUCACCAAUAUGCGUGAAGAAUGUCCGUGCACUACCGGUGAGUUUAUCUCCCGAGAUCACUUUCUGACAUGUCGUGCUCUGGAUCGUACCUUUUUUGAUGCUUUGCCACCUGCUCCACCUGGUGUACAUCGCAUUGAUCAUGCUCUGAACUGUCUUCCAGACAAAGCUUCAGCUGGUCCACCGUACUUUUGGUCUGCUUUGCUCCUUUUGUUGCAUGCCAUUGAUUGCCUUGUGCAUCCUCUGGCUGUGAUCCCACCAGAUCCAGAUCCUGGAUCGCUCUGGUUUUCUGCUCAUUGA